GACCCUGAAUGCACCACAACAGCACACCCAGCCCCGGUGACAGGAGACGCUGUUCGCGGUCGUCCAGGCCAGCCUGCUCGGACACCCGGCGGCAAGGACCUCUCGGCGGCGCCAUGGCUGGGCUCAUUAAGAAGCAGAUCUUGAAGCAUCUCUCCAGGUUUGCCAAGAACCUUUCCCCCGACAAGAUCAACCUGAGCACGCUGAAGGGGGAGGGCCAGCUCACCAACCUGGAGCUGGAUGAAGAGGUGCUGCAGAGCCUGCUGGACUUGCCCACCUGGCUGGCCAUCAACCGCGUGUGCUGCAACAAGGCCGCCAUCAGGAUCCCAUGGACCAAGUUAAAGACCCACCCCAUCUCUCUGACACUGGAUAAAGUGGAAAUGGAAAUGAGCACCUGCGAUGAGCCCCGCGCCCCCAACGGCCCCUCCCCCAUCGCGACAGCAUCGGGUCAAAGCGAGUACGGCUUUGCCGAGAAGGUGGUGGAGGGGAUGUCCCUGUCCAUCAACUCCAUCGUGAUCCGGAUCAGCGCCAAGGCCUUCAACGCCUCCUUCGAGCUCUCCCAGCUGCAGGUCUACAGCGUCAACACCAGCUGGGGCAUCAGCGACCUGCGCUUCACUCGCAUCCAGGACCCUCAGAGGGGGGAGAUCCUCACCUUCAAGGAGAUCAGCUGGCAGAUGAUCCGCAUCGAGGCCGACGCCAUUCACAGCGCCGAACACGAGAUGCUGAGCGCCCCCAUCCGCCUCAUCACCAACCAGUCCAAGAUCAGAGUCACUCUCAAGCGACGGAUCAAGGAUUGUAACGUGGUGGCCUCCAAGCUGGUUCUCAUCCUGGACGACCUGCUGUGGGUGCUGACCGACUCGCAGCUGAAAGCCAUGGUGCAGUACGCCAAGUCCCUCAGCGAAGCCAUGGAGAAGUCGGCGCAGCAGAGGAAGAGCAUGGCCACAGAGGACCAGGCGUCGUCCGCCCCGCCCUCAUCCCAGCAGGUACGCACGCAGCAGACGUCCGCGGCCGGCGACCAGAGCGCCACCAUGGCCAAGCUGUUCAGCGACUACGACGUGUGCGAGACGUCGCAUCACCUGCAGAUCAAACACCUGGACUUGCACAUCUGCGACGACAUCCACGCCGUGGAUAAAGCGAUCAAUAAGAGGAUCACCGGCGGAGCCAUGCAGCUUUCCUUCAGCUCCAUCACGCUGGACUACUACCCCUUCCACCGAGCAGGCGACAGCUGUGCCCACUGGAUGCACUGCAGCGAGGCCACCAAGACCAGAGAGGGUUGGGCGCGGAGCCUCCUGGAUGAGUUCAAGUCCAACGUGGAGAUGCUGAAGAGUGCGGUGCGGGACCAGCAGGGCGUGGCUCCUGCACACGGCUCACCUGGGAAGAUCAGCACCUCCUCCAGCUCAUCCUUCAGCCCUCCUCCUCAGAGCCCCAAAGCCCAGCUCAUGUCCAGCUCUGUGGUCCUCAGGAUGGCCGACUUCAGCAUCUACCAGGUGUCUACAGCAGACCAGCGUCGCUCCAGUCCCAAGACCAUGAUCUCCUGCAAUAAAAAGUCCUUGUACCUUCCGCCUGAGAUGCCGGCCAUCCAUGUGGAGUUUACGGAGUACUACUUCCCCGAUGGAAAAGACUAUCCGAUCCCGUGUCCCAACCUCUACGCCCAGCUGAACGCGCUGCAGCUGGUCCUGGAUCCUCGAAGUCUGGUGUGGCUCAACCUUUUUGCUCUGGACCUCAGGCAGAGUCUGGAGCAGUUCAUGGAGAUCUACAAGCUCAACAACUCGCAGAAGCCCGACGAACACGUGGACAUCAAGGUGGACGGCCUCAUGCUGAAGCUGGUGAUCCCCACCGAUCGGGACCCCUCCUGUCCACCCAAUCUGCCUCGCUCCAUUUCCGUGCAGACGUCAGAGAUGGUGGCCACCAACACCCGGCACCCGGCUAACUGCACCCGCGCCCACCUCGAGGCCCUCCUGCAGGGCUUCCAGGAGGAGCCCUUCUUCUCGUCCUCCUUUGUGUCAUUCCCUCGUUCAUCCUCAUCCCUGCCUCUCCUUCACCCUCUUUUCCACUACCACGCCCAUGAACAGGACACCAGGUUGCACGACAUAUACCGGGGCCUCGUGGUGCCCACCAUGGGGGCGGACGCCCUCAAGAUGCCAGCCGCCGCCGACUUUUGGGCGUUGCACUUUGCACAAUUCUGGGUGGACUACGAGGGCACCCAAGGGGGCAAGGGACGACCGCAGCCUUUCGUGGACUCUUUCCCUCUCACCGUGUGGGCGUGUCAGCCCGCCAAGCUGCUCCAGCACCAGGAGAAGCUGAAAUGUGCCGCCGGAUCAAACGUCUCCCGAAGCACCUCCGUGGAGACGGCCGGGCGCCUGCAGCGGAAGCGCCUCCUGAAGGAAUACUACAGCACCGACGGCGCAGCCACGCCGUCCCACAGCCCAAAUCCUGCAUCCGCGGCACCGAGUAAUGGACUCCAUAAACCGCAAUCACUGGAGAGCUUACCUUCCUCGUCGUCGCCUAGCCAAGAUGCUAACGUGCACGCGCUGGUUUACGUUCAGAAGCAUUUAAGUGCUCAGGUGAGCCACCGCCAGUACGUGUUCCUGAUGCGUCUGCAGCGCAGCAUCAAAGCCCUGCAGCAGACCCUGCAGCAGGACCUGGAGGAGAUGGGCUCCAAGAGGGACCGCAAGGCUCCGACGCAGCGGCCGGCGGACCACCGGCCCUUCACCGUUUGCCUGGGCCUCCUGCUCAAAAGCGCCGAGGUCUCGCUCCUCUUGAAGCCCGUCACGCAGCCGCCGGAAGGCUCGCAAUCUCCUUUGGGGUCCGAGCUGUCCCCUGCGGAGAGCAGAACCACCUUGGAACCGGGGAGCAACAACAACAACGACGGCGGUCAAGACGGAGCAAUGAAAGAGUCCUCCGCUGUGGAUCAGCUCCUGUGCGCCGGCGUCCCCGACGGCAGAACCCAGCCGGGUCCCGAACCACUCAUCCCCACCGCCGCGAGCACGGACUCAAAUCACAAGUCCUCACUGGAGGAAAGAACUUCCGGGAGGUGGACUUCAGAAGAACGUGGGGAGAUGGUUUUUGACGACACGCCAGUCGUCGGAGAAUCCAGAGUCCAGUCAUGUGACCCGCUUGGUGAGGACACCAAGGCCGCCGCCAAGAUGCCUCAGUCGACAUCCAGGAAAGGAAGUUUGUCUGUCGUUUCCGAUCUCCUCAGCUCUUCAUCUACCAGCAGAUCCACCUCUCUUUAUUCCAUGUCAAACAUUGGACGUCUCAUGCGGGACCGCUCCCAGUCCAGUUUCUCUGUGUCCUACAAGAACAUGAAGAAGAGUCCGUCCCUGCAGUCGCUGGACAAUAUCUCCAUAGACAGCUACCUGCUGGAGGACGGGGACACUUACAGUCUGAUGGAAAGAGAUGAUAUGUCCAUCUCGGGAUUCAAGGCCGCUGUCAGCGAGCAGAGCGCCACCGAGAGCGCCGCCGUCACAGAACAGGAGGGAGCCGUGUCCCCGGACACCGUCAGCGCCACGUCGCAAAGCAUGGAGGAGCCCACUAAGGAUAUUGUGUCCGUGCUGGUGCUGAAGGUGCACUCGGUGUGCGUGGGCGUGGAGGCGGUGGGCGAGAACGCGGCCCUGGCUCUGGAGGUGGACAAGGUGACGCCCAACCAGCUGGGCAACGUCAGCCUCAGGCAGUACCUCAGCAGCCGCAGCCUGGCCGGCGCAGAAGUCAGCUCCCCGUCAGCAGCGGGCCGCCACCGCAGCCGGCCCCCGGAGGUGCGGGCCCGCCUGGAGAGCGGCCCUCGCGCCGCCGCCCACUCGCCGCUGGCCGAGCGCAACGGCUUCCUGCAGCUGCGCCUGCACGGGUACCGGGCGAGCCUCCUGAUGUCCACGUUGCGCAACCUGGCCCAGUUCCUGGAGGAUGACACGGCGCCGCAGGUGCUGCCCAUGGAGAUCAGCGUCGUGGAUGCGCGCGUGGACUUGAAGGACGACGGUCCACGCGACAGCCUCUCCGACUCGGAGCCGUCGCCCAUCACGCUGCACGUGGACACGCUGGUCAUACACAGAAGAGAUGACGGCGCCUUCUCCAUCUCCGGAGCGGAGGCCGGGCGCCGUAGCCGCAGCGAAGACAGCGUCCUGUGUUCGCUUCCCGUGGACGCAGAUGCCAAAGGGACGCACAUGCAAGCUCCGCCCGCUAGCCCUCGUCCGUCACUGCGUGAAAAUAUGCUCAUGGAGGAGAACGACUGCUUGAAAGUGGAGUUGUCCCGGGCCAAAAUGGCGUUGGCCGAAGUUCAGAUGGAAAGAGACUCUCUGCUCCACCAAAUGAAGAACCUCAAGGUCACGAACCCCAGCUAGCCAAUCAGGUGCCGGGACAGGAGCGGGAUAGUCACUCCUUUUAGAAAGCAAUGCAGUGCAGAAUCGGGAGAAAAAAAAAACUGAUUUUUUUUUUUUACCCUGUGUGAGUGUGCAACAAAUGAUGGGGACUACGAACAAAACAGAAUCAAAACGGAAUCAAAACGGAAUCUUGAAUGUCACAAAGUCCGAGCAAUGAUCAAUUUUGCACUGCACUCACAGACCGGGGGGGGCGUUUUGUGCUCUUAUUUGUGUGUGCGCUGAACUAGAAUGUGAACACAAAGCUCUUCUGCAGUGUUUCUGUUGAAUGUGUGUGUGUGUGUGUGUGUGUGUGUGUGUUGGCGACAACAAGCAUUCCCAGAGUUUUUUUUUUUUUUUUUUUAACACUUGAGUUCCGCAAGUACAAAAAAAAAACCCCAAAACAUUUGCUUCCCGCCUAUUUUUCUAGAGAAUAACAAACUUCCGGUGUACUUUGCAGGUGUACACUCAAGCCCCGCCCACUUCAUUUGUGUAGAACUGUCAAAAGGAACACCUUCGCCAAAACAUUUUGUCUGUCAAAGCUGCUGAAAUGCCGUUAAGAAAAUAAAUAGGAUCAAUAAUUUAAGUGU